UAGCCUUGCCUGUUGGUCUUUCAUAGUUGGCGACGGGAACAGCGAAAAUGGCCUCAACCCUGCCUGUCUGUAUGAAUAUUUGGAGAAGAUGACGACGAUGAGCUCAAUAACUUAUUUGAACACCAAAGUGUCUUCAGUAAACACCUAAAUAUUGCUUACUGUGACUAACAUAUCGUGACCACCAGCGAAAAAGAGGAAACGAAAGACCACACAGCAGCGGCAUUUUUAUUUUGUGUUGCUGGUGGUGGCGCUAACCGACGUUAGCUAUGGAGGAUAUCAACUCAAACAUCAACGCGGACUUGGAGGUGCGGAAGCUACAGGACUUGGUAAAGAAACUCGAACAACAAAACGAGCAGCUCCGUAGUCGGUCUUCGUCUGGAGCAGUGUCAGGGAACCAUAGACCCCAUAGUGCAGGAUACGACUCUCGCUUAUCAGCCGCCUCAGCGGCGGGGCUGGCCGGCUUCCCUGGGGUGGGGUUCGGCGGAACGGGGUAUGGAGGGCUUUUGGAAAACUCCCGUUGUUUGAGCCCCAGACUGUCAUAUGAUGGCAUCAGUUUCAGGAGAGCAUAUGAGGGCGAGGGGGCAUCGGCUGCCACCUCUUUUACUGGCACCAAUUCCUAUUUUACUGACGCAGGGGAAACACUGGGUUUUAUGGAUGAAGCAGAAACUUCUAUAUUGGAUGAAGUAGAAAUCCUCGAUCUCGAAGACAUGGAUUGUCUUAACGAAGAUCAAGACAGCUGGCUGUAUGAGGCGAAGCUCAACAGCCCACUGCAGAAAGCCUUGAGUCCCAUUGUGUGGUGUCGCCAGGCUCUGGACAAUCCCAGUCCUGAUAUGGAGUCAGCCAAGCGCUCCCUCAUCCACAGACUGGACGUCACCAUGUCAGCAAACAAGCGUAGGAGCCUGUAUGGAAGUCCCUACAGUCCGCAGGUGAACUACGGAAGCCCAUACUGCACAAACACAGCUAACAGCCCCUACAGCAGUGGCUUCAACUCCCCCUCCUCCACCCCCAGCAGGGUGCCCAUCGUCAGACAGCAGCUGAUGCCACCCGUCAACCAGGCUCACCAGCAGCAGCGUGGUGGCUCAGUAGAGAGAGAAAGGAACCCCCCGGCGGUCAGCCCUCAGUCUUCAAUAGACAGUGAGCUGAGCACCUCAGAGAUGGACGAGGACUCUGUAGGAUCCUCCACCACAUACAAGCUCAACGAUGUCACUGAUGUCCAAAUCCUGGCUCGCAUGCAGGAGGAGAGUCUUCGGCAGGACUAUGCCACAGCGUCCAGACGAAGCUCUGGUUCGUCCUGCCACUCUCUGAGACGCAGCACCUUCAGUGACCAGGAGCUGGACGCCCACAGUCUAGAGGACGAUGAGGAGGCCGUACACCCCGCCUUCCACAUCCCCUCAAACCGCUUUUCCCCCUCCCCCAGACACUCCCCUCACGCCUCCCCUAGAAACUCCCCCCGCUCCCGCUCCCCCGCACGCUCCCUGGAGUACAGCCACCCCCACAGCCGAGGCUCCCCGCAGCCAAUCAUCAGCCGGCUGCAAGCACCACGUCACUCCCUGCAAAGCCACCCCCCCCAAGACCUGCAGACCAACGUGGUGAAGAACGAAGAGAAGCUGAGGCGGAGUCUUCCUAACUUGACCCGCUCCAACGUGGCCCAGCAGGGCCCAGAGCCCGUGAGGAACAGCAGGAGCUUUGAGUCCAACCUGCAAGUGCCAAACGGAGGCUCACCCAGACACCAGGCAGUCAGUCAGUCAGCCAUCCCUUCUCCCAGUAAGCUGCGAACCCCGGCCACUCCGUCUCCCCUGGCCCUGAGGCAACCUGUGAAGGCCACGUCUACCCCUGGCUCUGGAGCCUCCACCCCCACACGCUCCCUGGGCCCAGCACGCAGCGGCCUGCCCCGGCCCAGUGCAGGAGGGGGGGGGGGAGGCGGCGGCAUCCCUGUGCCUCGCAGCAAACUGGCCCAGCCAGUACGCAGGUCUCUACCUGCCCCUCGGACCUACAAUGGCGGAAGGGAAGGAGAUAACUGGAGGGAGGGUUGCUACUGAGGCUGGCCUGGUCAGCAUGGGGCACUGUGUGGCCCUCUGAUCAGCACAAAGAGGCAGACCAACAUUACAAUGCGGCACUUUAUCAACCAAGAUUACUUUUACCAUGAAUAAACUAUAACAAAGACAAAGUCAAAUUCGUCUUUCGUCUUACUAUCAUGAGGAACAUGAUCUGAACAGCUGAAGCAGCGUGGAGAGGAUCUGUGUGGAGAGGAUCUGUGUGGAGAGGAUCUGAAGGGGCCAGGCAGGGCUGGGAGGCGGAAGCCUAGAGAGAAUGCCAAAGAAACCAGCUGAGCUCCAGCAUCCCAGUGCCACCAGAGGGCACUCUCAUCUGCCUCAGUGUGUCUGUUCAGCAAUCAGUCAAUAAGUCUUCACAAAAUGCUUCUCUCACUCUCUAUUUUUUCACCUCCCUCAGGUUGAAGUGUUUGUACACAUUUCUCUUUUUGCAGUCUGUUCUCAACAGAUGCCUUUGUCAGAGAUCUCUAUGAUGAUGAUGAUGCUGUGCAGGUAAAAUGUUCCCUUAAUGUUAAAGAAUUGUGAACAUUUUACAAAGUCUUGUCAAAAAUCAGUUUUUUCCUCUUGUGAAUGAACUAGAAUGUAUUGAAAUGUUUGACAUUAUUUAUUCAAAUCAUUAUUUAAAGAGUUCAUUUUCCAAAUAUCCAUAUUCAGUAUUUGUUUUCUAUUGAUUUGAAUAUUUUUUUUAUUAUUAUUAUUUGAAAAAAAAUUCAAAACCUCUACUGCAAAGCUAAUUCUCCAAAGUAUUUUUAGAUGGUUUCAUAACAGGAUAUUUGAGUGUUGAUGUUUUUAUGUUGAGAACACAGGUGACUGGUAGAAACAGGCCAAAGCCCCAUCCCAGACCUAACCAUAACUAUGGUUUAACCUGUAUCGACUAUCACAUCUGUUUCAGGGCUGGCUAGUGAUGUUGAGCUGCGCCAGUCAAUAGCAGUAGUCACAAUCUCAAUCCAGAUCUACUUCUGGUUUGGUUAGUUAAUUCUAUUGCUUUCCACCAUUAGAUUAAUAUGUCAUUGCAAGUAAAAUAUAUCAAAUCCAACCCUUGUAGCCAUGAGACCUGAGCAUGCAGCAAAGGCUUGAUGUAGUUCAUUUAAAACCUGCAACAAUAUUGUCAGUGUAUGUUAUGUCAAGAUGGAAUCAAUGAUCCUAAUAUCGUAAAUAAAACUAUAAUGGAAAAGUUCAAUAGGUUAGUGGCCAUUGCCAUUGUGCUUUAAAAUAAAUCAGGAGUGCUGAGAUUCAUAGGGAUGGUAUUAGUGUGCCAUAAAUUAAUGAACUAGUGCCUAUUAUUUUGAAUGUGCUUUUUAUCUGUUCAUUUAUCCUCACGUGCCAGUGUCAUGGUUUGCCAAUAUAAUUUGUCUUUGCAUUUCUGCUUGAUUUUGUUUAGGCUAAUAUACUUUUGUUAAUUUUGUAAUUGUAUCAACAAUACAUUUAUACUUGCUUUUGGAAAAAGUAUAUGCGCCUUGAUAUUUAUAACUAAUUACUCUCAUUCUUUAAAUGAAACUAUUUAAGAGCGAGGUGCCUCUGUAUGUCAAGGUUUGGAUUUAGUGGAACGCUUGGGCUAUAUUUGCGAAGACAUGCCACACCAUUUUGUGUGAUUUGUUUUUUCAUAAUGAUUUUUAUUUUUUUAACCCACCUACAUGACAUUCAGUUUCCCUGUGUAAACUCACAUUUCAAGUAAAAAAAGUUGAAACUGU